GCAGCUGCACAGCUCGCUGCCGCACCGAGCAGGAAACGGAGAGCGGGUUUAAUUUCAAUUUCCUGCUUUCUCAUCGGGACUCCUGCACAUUCACACUCAGCCGCCUGCUACGCAGCGCUGCCCUGUCCAGCCGCUGCAGGCAGGAAGCGAGCUCAGGGCUGACCCUGGGGGCCAGGAUCUCCAAGCCAACCCAUGCGCCUCCUCUGCCCCACAGGCGGGCCAGUGGCAGACCGGGGCUUCCAGCUCUCCAGCCACCUCUGCAUACUCCUUUCUUGACCCCGAGUGCCCAGGAUGAACACUCAGGAUGGGGAGCAGGGUAACCCGGCUCACUCCCUUUUCGAAACCUUCCUCCGUGCCAACCACUGCGAGGAGGUGCUGGGCAGCUUCCAGGCCUUGUGCGGGCAGCUGGCUCUGGAGCACAAGGGCCAACUGCAGUUCUACCAUGAGCUCAAGUCCUGCCUUAACUACUGGAGUGCCAAGGCCCUGUGGGGCAAGCUGGAUAAGAAGGCUGGACACACAGACUAUGACCAGGGAAAGGCAUGUGCCAACACCAAGUGCCUGGUCAUCGGGGCCGGCCCCUGCGGGCUCCGCACCGCCAUCGAGCUGGCCUUCCUGGGAGCCCGCGUCGUGCUGGUGGAGAAGAGAGACUCCUUCUCCCGCAACAACGUGCUGCACCUCUGGCCUUUCACCAUCCACGACCUGCGGGCGCUGGGUGCCAAGAAGUUCUACGGGCGCUUCUGCACUGGGGCCUUGGACCACAUCAGUAUCCGUCAGUUACAGCUGAUCCUCCUGAAGGUCGCCUUGCUCCUGGGGGUUGAAAUUCACGUCAACGUGCAGUUUAAGGGGCUCAUCCCCCCAGCAGCGAAGGGGAGUGGACGGGGUGGUGGCUGGAAGGCUGCACUCCAGCCCAGCUCCUCUCCCGUGGGGCAGUAUGAAUUUGACGUCCUCAUCUCAGCCGGAGGAGGCAAAUUUGUGCCUGAAGGGUUCAGGCGGAAGGAGAUGCGUGGGAAGCUGGCGAUCGGCAUCACCACCAACUUCAUCAACCGCCACAGCCGGGCCGAGGUGGAGGUGGCUGAGAUCAGCGGUGUGGCCCGCAUCUACAACCAGCAGUUCUUCCAGAACCUCUACAACAAAACGGGUAUCGACUUGGAGAACAUUGUCUACUACAAAGACGACACCCACUAUUUUGUCAUGACGGCCAAAAAACAGAGCCUGCUCAAAAAGGGGGUCAUUGUGCAGGACAAAGCGGACAUAGAGAGCCUGCUGUCCGCUGAGAACGUCAAUCAAGAGGCCCUCCUCAGCUAUGCCAAGGAAGCCGCCAACUUCUCCACCAACUACCAGCUGCCUGACUUGGAGUUCGCUCUGAACCACCGGAACCGCCCGGAUGUCGACAUGUUUGACUUCACCUGCAUGAACCGCUCGGAGAACGCGGCCCUGGUGCGCGAGUGCCAUGGGGCCCGGCUGCUCAUUGGUCUGGUGGGAGACUGUCUGGUGGAGCCAUUCUGGCCGCUGGGCACCGGCGUGGCGCGGGGUUUUUUGGCUGCCUUUGAUGCUGCCUGGAUGGUGAAAAGAUGGGCGGCAGGAACCUCCCCGCUGGACCUUCUGGCUGAGAGGGAGAGCAUCUACCAGCAGCUGUCUCAAACAUCCCCUGACAACACCAAUAAAAACAUCAGCCAGUACAGCAUUGACCCUACCACUCGCUACCGCAACAUCAACCUCCAAGCCAUAAAGCCCAACCAGGUCCGUGACCUGUAUAUAGUGGGGACGAUCGAGAUCGACCGUAAGAAGAGAGACAGUCGCAACAGCAGAGACGUCGGCAGGGCCUACGAGGAGCUCCUGAGCUGGUGCCAGACCCACACGGCGGGUUACCGCGGUGUCACGGUGACGGAUUUCACGCACUCCUGGAAAAGCGGCCUGGCCCUGUGCGCCCUCAUCCACCGCUUCCGGCCCAACCUCCUAGAUUUCAACUCCCUGGACCAGCACAGUCCUAUCAAGAACAACCAGAUGGCCUUGGACAUAGCCGAGCAGGAGCUAGGCAUCCCGCCGGUCCUCUCCAGCACCGAAAUGGCCGCUGGGGCAGAGCCCAACCAGCUCGGACUCAUCACCUACCUGAGCCAAUUCUAUGAAGCCUUCAAGCCUUCUGCAGAAUCAGAGGAGAGAACGAUGAAGCUGCUGGCUCCUCCCGGCACCCGGGGAGCUGUCCUGUUCCUCAGCAAGCUCCAGAAGACUCUGAGUCUAACUCGCAAGCGCAACCAGGACAGUGCCCAGAAGGAUGCUGAGACCAAGAGGACGAGGAGAGAAGCAGGGCUGGAAUCAGGGGUGGAAGGCGACAUGUUCAUCGCUGACCUUGGCUGGGGGACUGAUCACCGGGAGCAACCUCAACCCACUGGGGUCAGCCCUUCCAAUUCCAUGCUGAGCAGGCGGCAGAGCUCGCUCGCCUCCCCCACGGAGAGCAGCGACGCCUGUUACUUCUGCGGCAAGCGGGUGUACAUCCUGGAGCGGGUCAGCGCCGAGGGGCACUUCUUCCACCGAGGCUGCUUCCAGUGUCAUCAGUGUGGAACCACGCUGCGUCUGGGAGACUUCGCCUUCGACGAGGAUGACGGACACUUCUACUGCAUGCUGCACUAUUCCAGCCCCCGCAGCGUGGAGGUACCGGACAGUGUGUCCCACGCCGCACCACAGGAGGAUCCCUCCCAGGGCACCCGAUUCUGCUCUCCCUCCGACGCCAGCAGCCUGGGCUUGGCCACUGGGGCGGCAAAGCUGAGAGUGGAUUCUGAUGGGCAGGGCCCGCCUGGGAGCCCGUCCUCCUUCCCGAAACAGCUGGCAGCGGCUCAGCCGUCAGAGCCGUGGGAGGGAGCUGGGGAGGGUGCCGUUCCAGCCAGAGAGGACAGAGGCUCUGGCACGGCAGACAUGCAGCAACCUGCAGCUCAGCCCCGCACUGUGCUGGAGGAGAACGUGGGAAGGCCCAUCUCCUCCUAUGUGGCAGGCAGGGCCCAGCCUCAGGAGCCUGGUGCUGGCCUAGGAUAUCAGGCCAACGGCUGGUCUCAGCAGGAGGAACAGAGUCUCCGGGAACGCGGUCACUUGGGCACAGCGCUGCGGCAACCCAGCCCAGAGCCUCGGCCUCCAGAAAAGGGGUCCACAGUCCCCUACUUCAGGCAGGCCGAGGAGGAGGGGGAAGACACCAGGAAGAGGAAGAAAAUUCAGCUGUCGCCCUUGGAAAAGCUCAAGCUGUCCACGCUCAGCCUGGACUCUGAGACAGAGAGCCAGGGGGGUUCUGGGAAGCACCAGGCAGGCUGGGAGCCGUUCCGAAGCGCCGCCUCGGCGAAGGGCCAGGGUGAUCCGGAGAGAGGGCAGGUCUCCUGGGUCGAGCCUGGAUUCAGCAAGGAGGCUGAAGACGUAGAGGAGACUGACAGUGAUGACAAAGAGGAGGAGAAAGAUGAGGAGAGCCAAGACCUUGGGUACUUAACAGAGAACCGUCUCCUAAGUUUGGGCGAAAAGGAAAAAUAUCCCACCUGGAAGAGAACACUGACCCGCCGCGCCAAAGAGGAAGAGAUGAAGAGGUUCUGCAAAGCCCAGUCCAUCCAGAGGCGUCUGGAGGAGAUUGAGGUGACGUUCCGGAAGCUGGAGGAGAAGGGGAUACAGCUGGAGAGGUCACUGCGGGGCGAAGGAGGGACCCAGUCUGAGCUGAAGACUCGGUGGAUGAACAAGUUACUCUCUCUGGUGCAGAAGAAGAACAGCCUGGUUUCCGAGGAGUCGGACCUCAUGAUUGAGGCGCAAGAGCUGAAGCUGGAGGAGAAGCAGUGCCAGCUGGACCAGGAACUGCGGCGAUACAUGAACAUGGAAGAGACGCUGAAAAUGCCCCAGGACAGGCUGGCGGAGAAGGAGAUCCUGGCCCAGCUGGUGGAGGUGGUGAACCAGCGAAAUGCCCUGAUCCAUGUGCUAGAGGAGAAGCGCCUUAGCGAGCUGAGUGAGGCUCUCCCAGGGACAGCGCAAGGGUGGGCAGGCUGAUGAGCUGCCAGCCUGCUCCCUGCUACGGACCCAGCAGGGACUGUUCCCCUACAUCAGCCUGGCUCCUCGUUCUGCUAGGACACAACUGCCUGUGUCACCGACGGCCCAUGAGACACUGCGGGCCUCUCCCCAGCAGCGUGAGAGCUGCCGGCAGGGUCAGGUCACCCUGGGAGAGGUAAGGGAGCACGUACCGAGGCAGCGUGCGCCUGACACUGAAGUUACUGCCAAAGCCUCAAUGAAGGGGAUGAAUCUGCUGUCUGGAGCACCAGGCCCCUCUUCCGCCUGCUCUGGCAGAAUGGCAGGACCAGCCCAGUUCUUGGAACGGGGGCUUUUGUUCAUGGGGCUGGGCCCCUAACCCACCAGACAGUUUCCUCUCUCGUUUUAGUGCUUGAGCGCCGCUCCCCGGAGCGAGUGGGAGCGGAUUGGGCUGUGUGGCAGCAUUUGACUUCAGUAGAGAACAAGGCCAACACUGAGCUUGUAACAUGUUAGAAACGCACCAGGCAGCUGUAGCAUUAAGCCCGUGGUUGCCAGGUGGGGGUAGAGCGCCGAGUGUUCUCACCCCUUAGCCCAGGGGUGGCCAGCCUGGGGCUCCGGAGCCACGUGGCUCCUUGUACAGGCACCAACUCCGUGGCUGGAGCUACAGGCACCAACUUUCCAGUGUGCCGGGAGUGCUCGCUGCUCAACCCCUGGCCCUGCCCCCACUUCCCGCCCCCUCCCCUGAGCCUGCUGUGCCCUCGCUUCUCCCUCCCAGAGCCUCCUGCGUGCCACAAAACAGCUUAUCGAGGUGCGGGGAGGGAGAGGGAGGUGCUGAUCGGUGCGGCUGCCGACGUAUUACGGUGGCUCUUUGGCAAUGUACGUUGGUAAAUUCAGGUUCCUCCUCAGGCUCAGGGUGGUCACCCCUGCCUUAGCUGAUGGAUACAUGAGACUCCCCGGCAAGGUUUACUCCAGCUGCCUUGCAGUGUGGAUGUUUAAGCCAAGUUAACUAACCCCUUUUCCCCCAGUGAAGAUACAGCCUUGGCCUUAAUGCUAUAUGGGCACGAUUCAGUUAUUCAGGGCAUGAGCUCUCAGGUUCCUUUUAAGCCUCAGGGAGUUGCUGGAUUCCUUUCAGAUCAGUCCUGUUAGAAACUGGUCUUAGUGUGUCCCCCAAAUGUUUCCUUCUGCAACUCAGACACGGGGGCCUAGCCAGUGCCAGAGAACUGAUCAAACAGCUACAGCCUGCAGUAUCUGGCCAACAGUGCCUAAGCUCCACUACCGUCACGGGGCACAGCGCCUCCUGCUGGUCCCCCUCAUUACAGAUUCCUGUAACUUCUCCUCUCUGUUGUAUGCAGUGUUGUGGUAGCCAUGUCGGUUCUUGGGUACUAGAGAGACAAGGUGGGUGAACUCUGUGUAAGCUCAAAAACUUGUCACUCCCUCGCAGCAGUUGGUCCAAUAAAAGAUUUUACCUCA